AUGGAUGGAUUACCUUUUCAUAUCCUUGAAGAGAUUCUCUUCAAAUUAGAUCCAAAAUCUCUGGCAAUGAUGCAAUGCACGGAUCGAUCUAUCAACUCGCAUAUAUCCGACGAUCCUUAUUUCAAAACUGUAUGUAAGAAGGACUGUAACGACGACGGAGUGAUUCAUGGAUACGACUUUAAAGCUACCAAGUGGGGAGUCAUGGGUUGGAUUCCACGGUGGUACGAUGGUAAACGAGACCUUUGUCAGUCCAAACCGUCUUUGACGGCAUCCUCUUCGAUGGAACUAGAUGAGAAGGAGGACGUCGACAUGAUGACGAUGGUUAAUGAUGAUGAUGAUGAUGAUAAACGUGUCUCCUCUCUAAGCAAAGUUAUGAGACUGAUUAGUGGAAUCUCACCAUAUGCUCAGAGCUUGUUCAAGAAAAAGGGAAAGAUACUUGGAAAAAGAUUGAUGAUUGAAGAAGAAACGGAAUCGAAUAUGAUGAUGGAUGAGCCUAAUUCUUCCAAGUUCCUAGACGUGGAGAGAAUCAACAAAAGAAGACGAGUCAAGUAG